GCAUAAUUCUCUAGGGAGCGCCCUUGUCGUUUGUGUAUGGUUGUUUCUUUUAUUCUUUUUCGUUUUGUAAUUUUGAUGGAAACUGCGCCUGUGAAGUCACGACCUCUACACAACUUAAAUUCCACGUUUUUCAAAUGGGGGACCAGCGGAGGUGGUAGUUCUUCUAAUACAGCCGUCGAACGCAUCCUUUCACCUGAAUCCGACUCCGACCACAACGGUUUGCGUCCGAUGAGUGUUGGGUCGCGCUCCACCCGCAUUCACCGCUUAUCCUAUUCUCCCCCACCACAACCCAUCAAACUAAGCCACCGCGAAGAAACGAAGCAACGAGAAGGAGAAGAAGAAGAGUCGUUAAAGCCGCAAAAAAGUAAACCCGACGAAGAAGAAGUAGAGGAGGAGACUGUGCAGCGACGGUGGAAUUUGAGGCCGAGGAAGAUGGUGGUUAUUGAGACGUCCUCGGCUGCAACGACGACAGUGGUGGAAAAGACGAGUGAAACGGCGGCACCGAAGUCAAUGAGAUUAAGGGUUUUGGCUGAAAAUGGAGUAGGAGCAGAAAAGAAAGAGAAAAAGAAGUUUCGUUUAACUUUAAUGAGGGAUGAAAUUGAAGAAGAUAUCUUCGUGAUAACGGGAUCAAGGCCCUCCAGAAGGCCCAGAAAAAGGCCCAAGAAUAUCCAGAAACAGCUUGAUAGUGUUUUCCCUGGACUGUGGUUGGUUGGUACAACACCUGAAUCUUACCGUGUUAUCGAUGCGCCUAUCAAGAAAUAGACCUGUUUCUUGAUGCUUAACAGAUUACCAGAUGCAAAGGGGAUGGUAAUGGUGUUUAGGGAAUCUGGAAACUUUGGGAACUCAAAUCUUUUGAGGUAUUAUGAGAACAUGAUGUUUUGUAAAGAAAAGGAGCUCAUGAGAAAUGAUAUUUAUUUUCUUUUCAUAAGGUUUUGAUAAUG